CAUCACCGCUCCGUCACGCGAUGACAUCUACGCCACGCCGUCCAACAUCACCAUCGCUGAUGCUCUGAAGGAGCGAAGGCCGGGGUCCACUCCUUUUGUUGUGGGGAAGAAGCAGAUAGCCAGACGGUAAUCGUCCAAGCUGAAAUCUCCACGUUCGUUUAAAGAAUGGACUCCAUCGGAGAGGACGACGCAGACUCGAUCAGGCUGAAGUCCGUUAAAGACUCCAAAACGUUCACGGUGCCUCAGAAUGACCGGUUUGGGAGCUGCAGAAGUGUCAGAGAGUUUGAGAAACUCAACCGGAUCGGUGAAGGAACCUACGGCAUCGUUUACCGAGCCCGCGACACCAGGUCGGAUGAGAUUGUGGCCCUAAAGAAGGUCAGAAUGGACAAAGAAAAAGACGGGAUUCCCAUCAGCAGCCUGAGAGAAAUCACUCUGCUGCUGAGGCUCAGACACCCCAACAUCGUGGAGCUGAAGGAAGUGGUGGUGGGCAGCCACCUGGAGAGCUUGUUCCUGGUGAUGAGUUACUGCGAGCAGGACCUGGCCAGCCUCCUGGAGAACAUGCAGACGCCCUUCUCUGAGACUCAGGUCAAGUGUAUUGUUCUUCAGCUGCUCAAAGGACUGGAAUAUCUCCACCACAACUUCAUCAUCCACAGAGACCUGAAGGUGUCUAAUCUGCUGAUGACAGACAAAGGCUACGUUAAGAUAGCGGAUUUCGGGUUAGCCCGGAUGUACGGGAUCCCCCAGCCGCUCAUGACGCCCCGCGUGGUCACACUGUGGUACCGAGCUCCUGAGGUCCUGCUGGGAACCAAGAUCCAGACGACCGCUCUGGACAUGUGGGCGGUGGGCUGCAUCCUGGCAGAGCUGCUGGCCCACAGACCGCUGCUUCCCGGGACCUCGGAGAUCCAGCAGGUGGACCUGAUCGUGCAGCUGCUGGGAACUCCCAACGAGAACAUCUGGCCGGGCUUCUCCCAGCUGCCGCUCAUCGGGCAGUACAGCCUGAGGAAGCAGCCGUACAACAACCUGAAGAAUAAAUUCACCUGGCUGUCCGACGCCGGACACAGGCUGCUCAACCUGCUCUUCAUGUACAACCCGCAGCGCAGAGCCACCGCCAAAGACUGUCUGGAGAGCUCCUACUUCAAGGAAAAGCCUCUGCCAUGUGAACCAGAGCUGAUGCCGACGUUCCCCCACCAUCGGAACAAGAGAGCGGCUCCUGCUGCUGCCGAGAGUUCCUCCAAACGCAGUAGAGUCUGACCGUGAAGUCUGACCGUGAAGUCUGACCGUAGAGUCUGACCGCUGCACGCCGGACUCCAACGCUGAACUCUCUGAGGACGCCAUGGAUCCUCAGGAAACGCCAGCCCGGUCAGAGGAGCUUCAGCUGCAGCGGGAAGAAGCACGGCGCUGUUUCACUGAAGAAGACUUGAAAGGAAAUCCUUUUUCCUACAUUCAUGAUCCUCUGAGGUAACUUCAGUUUACCUGGAGAUGAACACCUUCGGACUGAACCGACCUGGUCCAGCAGCUGUUAGAGGUUCUGUUCUCUGAUCCAGGACGGCUUCAGAGCAGCAGCUGGAUUGAUCCUGAUCUGAAUUCAGAGCAGAACUCUCAGAACAGACGUGUCACUUCGGUUCUUUCAGGACUUUUCUGGAAGAGAAGUUCCCGUUUGGACCUUGAGCUCCUGAACUGACUCCUCUUUCAAUAAGUGAGGGAGCUCUGAGCUGAAACCAGAACCUCCUCACCAAAAGGCUCGGAGCCGGCUCCGCCCUCCAGGACGCAGCCGGCUCCGACUGCGGCUGCGCUCCAAACACUGAUAUCAGCUGAUCUCAAGUCUGCGAUGGCGAACUUAAUACAUUUCUACAAUAUAAAAACAUGCACUGUAAAAAAUAAAUGUUUGGUUUCAAAUACGUGUGAAUAAAUGCAGUUUGUCUAAAUGUU